AUGGCCAAUUCUACUGCACGGUCCGGCUUUCAUUUGGCCAACGGCAAACCGUACAUGCUAGAACGGAACUAUCUGGCCACUGCCCGCCUCAACUAUCAGCAUUAUUUGUUUCGAGAAUGUGUCGGAUUCAAUCUCCAUCCGUCUAUUCCGGUUCCAUCUAAAGCCCGAAUUGCCGAUGUCGCCACCGGUACUGCCAUCUGGCUCUUUGAUGUGGCGCGGGACUUCCCCGGUGCCAGUCUCCAUGGUCUGGAUGUCAGUCUAGACAGUGCACCAUCAGUCGAGUGGCUUCCAAGAAAUGUGACUCUGCGGAAAUGGGAUAUCUUUGAUGAUGCACCUCCCGAGCUGAUUGGUGCCUACGACGUUGUCCAUCUUCGAUUCUUCAUGCUAGUGGUCCGAGAUAGUGAUCCGGCACCGGUGAUCCGCAAUGUCUCUCAGCUGCUGAAACCCGGCGGCUGGAUUCAGUGGGAUGAAUUCAACUACCGGGAUGCACACAUCAUCUCAGCCAAUGUCAAGGUGGAAGAGCUUGCAGCCAUGGAGCAACUGCGCCAGUUUGCGUACUCCGAUGGUCGCAAUAACUGGACACUCGAGAUUGCGCAGUAUCUACAGAACCAUGGCUUUGCGCGCACACAGCUGUUUCAGUACCAUGAUCCACUAGAGCGGGCCAAGGCCAACAAUGAGCAAUAUAUUAUGUGCCUCGAGGAGUUUGCCAGACGCCUGGAUCACGAAGGAGAGAGGAAAGAUGCACGAGAGGUGUAUGAGCUGAUCGGAAAGAUCAGUGAUGAGUCUCAAACCGGGUCGGCCUUGUUGAUGGGCCGGAUUGUGUGCAUUGGGAGAAAGGAAACCGAGGAGGAGCGGCUAUGGGGCUAA